UGUUCUACACUGUAGACUACUGUCCGCGUUGUUCCCUGCGGAUGUCGCAUGCAUCACAUCUACAGCGGUGGAGAACCUGCCGUGGCGUGCCCCAAGCUCGGUUUCAACGCGGCGGCAAUCCAUGACGACGCCAUGACCGCCAGCUGGCUCGCUUUCCAGCAGCAAUCGGGCCUCCGUGCCGCCGAAUCCUGCCCACCAACCGAGUGGGAGGAUAGAUGCCCGCCCGGGGCGACCAUGCUUCUGGUGGAGAAGAGGAGGGGCGGGUGCCGCGCGGCUGGCUGCAUUGCGGCGGGCGGCGAGCUCAACGACGUGAGAGACGGCUCAGCCUUUCCGCUCGCUGUGCUGGUUUGCUAUGCGCUGGUUGACCACGGGCAGAACAACGAAGAUGAUGAAUGGGAGAUCCUGCGGGCGGUCACGGCCCAACAAACCGCCCUCCUUCAGGCCGCGAAGCCCACUUUGCCGAAGACGUUCUAUCAGCACGUCGCGGGCCAGCAGCGAGCGUGCGGCNUGGUGUCUGGCUCUCUCACCGGAGAGAUACUGCUGUAG